AUGGAUUCAUUUUAUUUGGAUGACUCUGAUCAUAACAACUUAAUUGGUUCAGAUGAUGCGUUACAGACAGUAGCUGAAGAAGAGACUGGCUUGGAUCUAGACACAGCACUGCUGCCUGGGCCUCAACAGUCUGGACCUGAAGUCGCCGUUGGUGCACCCUCACAUGAAGCUGGACAGCCGAGCACUUUUAAUUUUGAGUCUUUGCUUGCACAUGCCAUGCGUAACGUUGCUGAAUCACCAGUACAACUGCCAUGGGAGUCAGAUGAGUGGGCCUGCAUUUUUGACCCUAACCACGAUCCCUUGGAUGCGCUUGUACCUCAGUUUGAGCCCAAGCUCAAAGUGCCGAAGCUGAUUCACGAUAAGCCUUCUGACAAUUUAGUUUCACAACCAGAUGUUUCCAGUUCUGAUUUCACAAAGCCUUUGUUCAUGGUGGCAGUUUCCAGAAGGAAAGACCAGGUUUGGACAGAGAAGCGAGAAGCUGAGUUGCAAAGAGCUCUCAUGAAAUGGGACACUAUUGUCAGAAAUUGGCCAGAUGAGUGGAAAUGCAAACAAGAACUUUUGGCAUGUCCGACAGUGAAUGAUUCAAUGAACUUGCUUGGAGACUACCUGACAGGGAAAGCGCCGGCAACCCUGUUGAAACGUGCAAACAGUAUGGUGUUUUUGCAUACCACCCUACAACAGUUGGGAUUCUUUUGGCCCCUUGGAGAACCAGAAAUGUACAGGAUCAUUAAGACCUUGCAUUCAACUGGCAACCGCACUAGCCGAUUGAAGUCCAUUCUCGAAGCUGUUACCUUUUGCAGGUACUCCUUUGACAUCAGCGACCUCCACCCGAUCACGGUCAGCAAGCGUUGUUUGGGAGCCACUGGGAGUGAUUUUGCAAACAAGUUGAAUCAAGCUUCACCCUUGACAGUUGCAGACAUUUGGCAUUUGCAUACAUGUUUGGAUAAUGGGGAUGCUUGGGACAGAGUGUUCAGUGGGGCUGCUCUUUUCUGCAUUUACGCACGUGCAAGAUGGAGUGAUUUCAUUCACGGUAAUUGCAUCAGAGUUGAUGUGCUGGAAUCUUCCGGCAAAGUGGCCUACGUGGACAUGGAGGUGCAAAUCCAUAAGACCAUGCAAGCAACUGCAAACAAGUUCAAGUUUUUGGAUUUGGUCGCGUCUGGCAGUGGAAUUUUUGGAGAUGAUUGGGUGAGGGGUUGGAUAGAUGCACUCAAGAAUAUUGGUGUUGAUCCUUUUUCGAAUGAGCCCGGCAAGACGUUGAUGCCAGCGCCAGCUGAAGAUGGUACAACUCUUCAACGGGCCUUGGAGAGUGAUGAGGCAAGUGUAUGGCUGAGACUGAUGCUGGGUGAAAACGUUAAACGUAGUGAAAGCACACGGCAGAUCUCAUCACAUUCACUCAAAGCAACCAUUCUUUCGAUGGCGGCAAAGCGGGGUUUGAAACACGAGGACAGGUUGGCCAUGGGGCACCAUGCACAUCCUUUUAGGAUGGCUGACACCUAUGCCAGGGACGCACAAGCAAGGACAAUCCGUUUGAUUGAUAAACUUUUGCUGGAAAUUAGGGCAGGAUAUUUUGAUCCUGACACAACGAGGGCUGGGAGGUUCAACAAGAACUAUGCGCCAGACCCUUCAUUGGAUGUUGGUGCAGUCUCAUUUCUUGAGAGUGAUGUCGAGAGUGCUGCAUUGGACGCCCAAGUGGAUGAGGCGCUGGACAAUGCCGUGCAAACAGUUGAAGAUGGACAGAUAGAAUUAGAGGAAGAUCAUUUUACAAGUUCUUCUUCAGACAGUGAAGCUGAGAGCGUGGAAUACAAUGCACCUGUCAGGAUGUUUUAUCCACCAUCGGCACCUUUAGGUUUCCACUUCAUGCAGAAUAAGAGGACCAAGACUCUUCACCUUGUUGAUGCGAAGUAUCCACAUGGGACUUGUUGUGGCCGGGUGUUGGACAAGAACUUUUCAGCAAUGUGGACAAUAUUGGCUAGAGAGCUGUCGACUGUAAAGCCAGACAAUACGGGAAAGAGACCGCUGGAUGAAGCCAUUUUGAAACUGAUGCAUGACCCUCGCAUCACAAUGUACAUGCUGUCCCUUCCCAACAAAGGGCCAGCUUCCUCAGUGCAGACGAGGCCAGCCAGUACUGCCGCCACAACACCUACCACUGUGCAGCCAAAGAAGAAGGCCAGACCCAGCAAGAAGAAUAGGCAUCUGGACAGCCUCCCAAAUGCAGAAGAGGAGUUCACAUUUGCGCCUUCUGUCGCAAGACAUGUCAUUCGUUUCAGCAGUGCAAAGCGGCUCCGGGGAAGCGCUCAGUUGGAAGAUGGUGUCACCGACUCAAGCGAUGCUGAACAACAGACGGCCGAAAAACGUUUCACUGAAGAUCCAAGUGGUGCCACAACUCGAAAGGUUCUGUUUGAAAACAUCCUUUUCUUGGAGGUCUUCGCUGGAACUUCUUCAUUAACAAUCGAAGUGCGCAAAACAAACUUGCGUGGAGUGGCUGUCGACAAAGGUACGGAGAGAGCGAAAGGGCCUAUCACAAUUUUGGACCUCACCAUGCCAGAAGACUUGCAGUUCCUGAUGGAUUUCAUUCGGCAGGAGGCCCUUAACCUUUGCUUGGUUCAUUUUGCACCACCCUGUGGGACCUGUUCAGCCGCCAGAAAAAGGAAGUUACCUUCAGAAGUGCAAGCGAAGUUGAAAGACUCCGGAAUAACUCCGCCACAGCAGCCAGAUAUGGAUGCAAGCUGCAUUCUGCCACAACUCACAAAAGGAGCUAGGAUAACCGACCGGAAACUUCGUACUGGGGGUGACAAGCGGGUUUCCGACUUAACUGGUGAAUCUCUGAAGUACUUGGAAGGUUUUCAUGUUAACAAUGAGACAAAGGUUGAGCUUGUGACGUUUGGAAUCCCAAGAGAACCUUGGGAUUUUGUGAAAAAGGCUGCGCAAGUUGGGCAUCCGAGAUUCUUGCCAUACGCGGGUUCGGAACAGCUUGAUGACUUGUUGCGGACGAACCUGAACCAUCAUGCUUGCAGGUUGGAUGAUCUGAGACUAGCCUUUUUCAAGAAAUGGGUGAAAAGAGCGAAAGAGUUAGAAAAGGAUGAGCGAAAUCUCAGACUGGAUCUGGGAGAACAUUCCUCCCUUGGUUUGCAAAAAGCCGUGCUCAAGCGUGUCAGAGAACCAGAGGAUGCUGAGUUACACCUUGCCGCCGUGGGCUUGAAGGUAUGGUGCAGCGCUUUCUUUGACGACUUCCCAACGAUGGCAGCUGAUGCAGAAGCCGCUCAGACGGAUAAGUGCGUUGGCUUCCUGUUCGACUUGCUUGGGAUACAGUACGCAAAGGAGGGCAAGAAAAACCAACCAUUCAGUACCGAGAUGAGAGCACUGGGCCUCAUCUUCGACCUGGCUGGGUUUGACGAAGGUGUUGUCUUUAUAAAGCACACGCCUGAACGCAGGUCAGAAUUGUUGGAGAGAAUAACAGCAAUCCUGAACUCCGACGAGCUUUCCCCGAAGGAGGCCGAGUCAUUCAAGGGCAGAGUGCAGUGGUUUGAAAGUUUCUUGUUUGGCCGGACGGCAAACCUUGCCAUUCACCGACUUGGAAAAAGAGCCUUGAUUAAAGGUGGAAGGCAGGGACAUAAACUUGAUGCGGAACUACGAACCUCCUUGGAAUUCCUCCGACACAGGGUUGAACAUGGAGCUCCUCUUCAACUUACUGCCACGACGGAGCAGGCUAUUCUUAUCUUCACCGAUGGAGCCUUCGAUGAGGAGACAGGCAUCGGGUCAAUUGGUGGAGUCCUCUUGGAUCACACCGGCACAGCACUCAGCUACUUCAGUGAGCGGGUCCCUAACCUGCUGAUGGAACUUUUCCUGAAAGAGGCGGAAAAUCCAAUUUACCUGGUAGAGCUGUUGGCGGUGCAUGUUGCCGCCUUCCUUUGGGGUGGACAGACGUUUGGCAGGUACAUAGUGAUGUACAUUGACAACGAAGCCUCCCGAAUGGCCUUGGUCAAAGCCUACUCCUCCACCCUUCUUGGAAACGUUGUGAUCCAACUCUUCGUGCAAGAAGAAGACCAACAUCAAUGGAAGGUGUGGUUUGGAAGAGUUUGCAGCCACUCAAAUAUAGCUGAUGGCCCUAGCCGCGGACAUGUUGAAGACAUGAAAGCUUGUGGGGCUAAGCACAGCCAGUGCGCAUGGGACGUGGUCAUAUGCUCACUGGAAGCAGUCGAGCACAGGCUCAGAUGGGGGUGA